UGGAAGCUCUACAUUUGGGAACACUGAUGGCAGCACAUGGCUAUUUCUUUCCAAUCUCAGACCAUGUUCUAACACUAAAGGAUGAUGGCACCUUUUAUCGAUUUCAGACACCCUAUUUUUGGCCAUCAAAUUGUUGGGAGCCGGAAAACACAGAUUAUGCUGUUUACCUCUGCAAGCGGACAAUGCAAAACAAAGCAAGGCUAGAGCUGGCAGACUAUGAAGCUGAGAGUUUGGCCAGGCUACAACGAGCAUUUGCUCGGAAAUGGGAGUUUAUUUUUAUGCAAGCUGAAGCACAAGCAAAAGUUGACAAAAAGAGAGACAAGAUAGAGAGGAAGAUUCUUGACAGCCAGGAGCGAGCAUUCUGGGAUGUGCACCGGCCGGUGCCUGGAUGUGUAAACACUACUGAGGUGGAUAUAAAAAAAUCUUCAAGAAUGAGAAAUCCCCAUAAAACAAGAAAGUCUGUCUAUGGCUUACAAAAUGACAUUCGAAGUCACAGCCCUACCCACACACCAGUACCAGAGACUAAGCCACCCACAGAAGAUGAACUACACCAAGAGAUUAAGCACUGGCAAAUGCAAUUAGACAGGCAUAGAUUAAAAAUGUCAAAAGUUGCAGAGAGUCUAUUAGCUUAUACAGAGCAGUAUUUGGAAUACGAUCCUUUCCUUGUGCCCCCUGAUCCCUCAAACCCUUGGAUAUCAGAUGACACCACGUUCUGGGAACUGGAGGCAAGCAAAGAGCCAGGACAGCAGAGGGUGAAACGAUGGGGAUUUGGUAUGGAUGAAGCUUUGAAAGACCCUGUGGGAAGAGAGCAGUUUCUCAAAUUCCUGGAGUCAGAAUUCAGUUCAGAAAAUUUAAGGUUCUGGUUAGCAGUAGAAGACCUGAAGAAGAGGCCUAUCCGUGAAGUUCCUGCUCGCGUCCAAGAAAUCUGGCAAGAAUUCCUUGCUCCAGGUGCACCCAGCGCUAUCAAUCUAGAUUCAAAAAGUUAUGACAAAACCACGCAGAAUGUAAAGGACCCAGGAAGAUACACAUUUGAAGAUGCUCAGGUCAGUUUGCAAUCCU